AUGGCUUUAACAAAAGACCCAUUCCUCCAAGCAGAGUUGGCCAACUGGUGUAAAGAUGCUGGCAUUGAUGAGACUUAUGCUUUAAUGCUUUUAAAUGUACCUGUUCACACAGAAGUGGCUGAAAUUGAAGAGGAGAUGGAAGCAGUAAAAGCGCUAGGCAGAGUUCAUGUAAGAGACACGAGAGAAGGACCUACCUCACGUUCCCUGCUGGUGUUGUGUGAGUGCAAACAAGCCAUUAACCCUAAGUGCAUACCUACUGAAGUGUCUUGGGGACAAAAGAGCGAGCCAUGGUCAGUCAUAGUAAUUCAGACACAGGAAUCUGCAUCUGACACAGCUACUGGAGGAUUUACGGAAAAGUUUGCAAAGUUCUUGAUGGAAGAAGGAAAGUCUUUCAGUGACAUACAAGCUUUGAUUUCUCCUCCCAGUGCCCCAGACAGUUCCCCUGAGUCGAUUAUAUGUGCCAUGGGUGAGGUCUUUGCAAAAACAGUAAAGCUCCCAAGUGACAGCAACGCUUAUCAUCGCCUGCGCACCUUUUCAGCCGCAGUUUUAACCCCUGUGGGAGAGGAGAAUAUGGAAACUUGGAUGGACCAAGCCAGGCUGAUGAUAACUGAGUGUGACUGCUCUGAAAAAGAAAAACGACGCAGAAUUGUGGAAAGUCUCAAGGGACCUGCAUUGGACAUCAUAAGAGCUGUUCGAUUUUCAGAUCCUGAAGCAAGUGCUUUACAGUACUUGGAAGCGUUGGAGAGCACUUUUGGAUCACCUGAGUCUGGUGAGGAUUUAUACUUCAAGUUUUGUCUUAUGCGCCAGGGCACAGGGGAGGCUCUAUCUGAAUUCCUGAGAAGGAUGGAGAAGACCCUCAGCAAAGUAGUGGAAAGAGAGGGACUGUCCCUCGGACUGGUGGAAAAUGGAAUAUGA